AAAAUUUGACGUUGCGUAUUUAUUUACUUUUUAAAAACGAAAAAAUAGUAGUUUUAUUUUGUGAAAAAUGGUAAAAACUAACAACGGUUUACCAGAUCCAGACAAUCCCGUGGAGGAUUUUAAAAUUAACAACGACAUUAUCAUGGGUUUUUCGGAGGACGAUUCCGAUGGAGAAACCGAAAUUGAUACCUAUCAAAACGACUACGCAGAAUAUCAGCCACUACCCACCGAAAAGCCUACUUCUAAUUCCGAUACUGAAGAAUCUGCAGACGAAGAUAUCAUAAACAAUCCCCGCGAGAACAAUACGGGGAACGAAGAUAGUUCAGUUCCACCGAUAACUCCCAUAGAAACGACGCUGGUUAUGGAGCUGUGGUCCAGACCGGCCCCGGAUGCAUGCGAUAUCCAAAUGGACAACGAGAAAGUCCAGCAGGUUAAAAACGCCAUGUUAAAUGUCACUUUACCAGCGAGCGCCAUUCCCGAUUGGGCAGCCAACGUCCCGGAGGAAGAAUGGAAAUCGCAGUUGAUGAAACGCUUGAAACACUAAACUUUAAUUCAUUUAAAAAUGAGGAUAUUGCGUUUGUUAUUUUAAGUAUUAAUGAUGAGUUUCGAGCUUAUGUUAUUAUUAGGAUGUUUGAAUGUUUCUUAGGUGCUAUAUGUAUAGGAUUAAUGUGGAAUUGUUUUGUAUGUAUAAUGUAUUAAAAAUGCUAAUUUUCUAUUUUCGUGUUAAAGGAGUUGCAUAACUUCGUUUGUGUUAGGUCUAUGAUGCAUUGGUUAUUCAGUGAAUUUUUUAUUAUGUACUUCCUGUAAAUAAAAAAGCACAGUUUUCUC